AUGGCGGGUAACAUCAAUCAAAGUCUGUUAACCUUAGGCCGUGUGAUAACAGGAUUGGUUGAACACGCUCCUCAUAUUCCAUAUAGAGAGAGUAAGCUAACCAGACUGUUGCAAGAUUCACUUGGGGGUAGGACAAAAACAUCAAUAAUAGCUACCGUAUCACCGGCACUUUGUAACUACGAGGAGAGUUUGAGUACAUUAGAUUAUGCCCAUCGUGCCAAGAAUAUCACAAAUAGACCAGAAGUGAACCAGAAAAUGACAAAGAGGGCCUUGAUUAAGGAAUACACUGAAGAGAUUGAGAAAUUAAAACGUGAUUUGCACGCUGCCAGAGAAAAACAUGGAAUAUUUAUGUCAUCAGAGUCCUACAGUGCCAUGGAACACAAGAUGGAGAGCCAAGUGCAGACAAUCACAGAUUUAGAGCAAAAAAUAGCAACAUUUGAAGAGGAAGUCAAAAAGAUUGAUGUACUAUUUCAGGAAUUACAACAAACAAAAUAUAAGUUGGAGACUACAGCAGUGAAAUUAGGACAAACGAGACAGAACCUUCUUGAAACUACCAUUGAGAGAGAUAAACAGAUGCAUUUGGUGGACACGCAUGUCAAAACAGAAGGGGAACUCUAUGAGAAAGCUAACCAGUUGUUAAAUGUGACGACAUCCAGUGUAAAAGAUCUGGAUGGGGUUCAUGGGAAACUAGAUAGGAAGAAAUCUGUUGAAAACCAUAAUCUUGGUGCACAAGAAAAAUUCCAAAAACUGGGAAAGAAUAAUCUGUCUGCGAUGAAAGCAAAUGUACAUCGCCACAGUAGUGGACAGAUGGAAUGGUUGGACCAAAUGCAAGACAGCUGUGGUAAGAUAGUUUUUGCUUUCAUUAGGAGUGCAUGA